UACGCAUGCGUGUAAGUGCAUAUGACAUUUUCAAACUGGACGGCGGGUAGCAGAAGAGAACAGAGAACAGAGAAGCGGCACAAAAAUCUUUUAGAGGAGAAUCUGUUGGUGAUAAUUGGAACCAUGACCAGUACUCUUAAGGGAAUCACUCUUAAAGGAAGCGCGGAGUUGGUGGCUGAGUUCUUCUCAUUUGGCAUCAACAGUAUCCUGUACCAGCGGGGCAUCUACCCUCCUGAGACUUUCACCAGAGUCACACACUAUGACAUGACCCUGCAGCUCACCACUGACCCCAAGCUGAAGAACUACCUGACCAACGUGGUGUCUCAGCUCAAAGAGUGGCUGUUUGAGUGCACCGUGCAGAAGCUGGUGUUGGUCAUUACAUGUCUGGAAACCAACGAGGUGCUGGAGAGAUGGCAGUUUGACAUCGAGUGUGACAAAUCGGCUAAGGAGAGCAGUGCUCCCAGGGAGAAAUCCAUCAAGAUCAUUCAAGAUGAGAUCCGCUCUGUCAUCAGGCAGAUAACAGCCACAGUUACCUUCCUCCCUCUGCUGGAGACGCCAUGUGCCUUUGAUCUCCUGGUCUACACUGAUAAAGACCUGGUGGUUCCAGACAAGUGGGAGGAGUCCGGCCCACAGAUAAUCAACCAAUCAGAGGAGGUGCGCCUGCGCUCCUUCACCACCUCCAUCCACAAGGUGAACAGCAUGGUGGCUUACAAGAGGACUGACUCAGUUUAACCUGCUGAAGUACCAGGGCUGCUCUUUAAAGUACAUUUUACAGGACUUGUUUUUUUUUUUUUUGGUUUUGUUUUUUUUUUACUUUGGAAGAAAUUCUGCUGUCCUUUCUGAUGUAAAUGUUUGUCAUGAAUGACAGUUUUCUUUAAUGUGUCUGUUAUUUCAAAGUGGCCAUCUUCUGUUUUCAGAUGGUGCUUUAUAUGUUCAUCUUUUUAAAAAAAAAAGUCAAAUAAAAGGACUUUCUGUUAAC